AUGAAGCAUUCGCCGCAAUGGACACAAAACGAUAAACUUGGGGAUGGCAAUUCUCGGGAACGUCGUCCAUCCGGUGCAUCAUCAAAUCAAUCUCUUAAUUGUCGUCAGAGGAAAGGGCCAAAAGAAUAUAGUAACAGAAUAUUUGAAUCUGGUCGUCACUCGUCAAGGGCUUCACGAAUAUCGGAAGGGGAAAGUCACCGUCUUCAGCAUUUGCCUUAUGAUCCUCAUCAAAAUUCGGAACAUAUGACGCAAGCCCAAUCAGUUCCUGUUGAUGUUGAGUUUUUACAAAGACCACAGUGGCCUGGAAAUAAUGUACGGCAAACCAGUCAUCGUUCACAUUCCGCUACAAAUAGAACUAUUAAUGUUAAUGGUAAAACUCGAGAUAUCGAUAGAGAUCGUGACUCUUGCCGAAGAACACCGAACCCUGAAAGUACUAUUAAGUUAGAAAAUAAAAAACAGGGGGGACCUGUUACGUAUAUAGCUGCAGGAACUGCACCAGUUGCCAGCUUUCGUAGUACUGUCUCUCCCGUACCCACGUCGGUUGUUAGUUCUCCCUCGUCAGGAGGCUAUGCAAACUCAGUGCACAGCAUGAAACGACCAAUAACCUUCUCUCCUUCACUAUCAGUGGAAGAUUCCAAAUGUGAUCCUGUGGCAUAUCGCAAACACAAAUUUUCUGGCAUUGAUUUGGGUAAAGGUACAAUAUUCAACCAUGAUCCAAGGAAUAACAGAUAUGGAGGACAGAAGGAUAAACGAAAUCAACUCUUUUAUCAAGGAGCUCCAGGCAAUCUCUCACGAGUCUUGGCUGAAAUUGAUAUACAGCAAGCUCUGGAUAGAAUGUCACCAAUAACCGAUGAUAAUUCCAAAGAUGUAAAUUGGAUGGAUCGUCAGACUGAAGCAGCACGUGUUCCAUUCCCCUUGCCUGGUGGAUUGAAGCAAAACCACAGACAAGGUCCAAAACUUGGAGUUUUCACUUGCUUCCGCUGUUUAUAUAUCGAAGGCUCUCCUAUGCCUUCAUCUGCUGGCUCUUCCGACUCUGGUUGCCCUGGUCUUCUGUCGAAUUUCGAGAACACCUUAUGUGAUCACUGUUCGGAGCCAACUUCACCUAGCAGUUUCGGAACUGAUGAAGACGAACCGCUUUUUGAAACUUACUAUCCUCCUGAACACUCGAAGAAUAGUCGAAUAAACAAGAACCGUCGCCAAAGAGAAAAUAAUGCGAUAUGCCAGGACUCUUCCUCUAUCUCAAGUUCUAAUAGUGAAGCAAACUCUGUUUUGAGUGAGGAGGAUCGCAGAGUUACCAUAUCACUGGAUGACGUUGUCCAUCAUAUAUAUGUUUAUUUCCAAUCUUUAUUGAUUGUUAUUCGCAGCCAGCAAAAAUUCUUCCAGCAUAUAGAUGGCUUAGUGGCUGACGGAGAUGCGCGUUGGGGUGCCUGCGAUCAUAGAAAUGGUUGGCGAAGUGAUCCAUCCGGCUUGUGGGCCGUUCCUCAUCCAGCCGUUCAUUUGUCCAUUAUUAUUACUAUUAUUCAAGACUACUUAAAUUUUUUGACGCGUCUCCACCCCAGUCUGGCACCUCGAACGAAUAUUCCACCUAACCAUCUAUCGAAUGGUCAUGAAGAUUCAAAUAUUCUGGCUGGAUCCAGAAUGUCAAGAAAUUCCUCAGGAGAUAUGAUUCUUCCUGAAGAAAUGAUGCCAAUGCUCAUGAGAAUAGUUCAAACUCAGGCGUUGCCACAAAUGCCUCUGGAGGAAAGUGCGAGUAGAGAUGACAACUCAACUCUUAAUCCUACAAAUUCCUGGACCGGGAUGGCACCAGCAAUGAUGCAUCAAAUAGCAUCUGUGUUAAGCCAUCAAGUCCAAGCUCAAUCAGGUACACAUUCCAAUCCAUCAGUAUCAACCCCUGCUACACCCGUGAGACAAAAUUAUUCUACUGUUGUAGCGGGGAAUUCUCAUUCUUCCGUCAAUAAUCCCUCUGUAGAUCAUGGAAAAACUGCUCCCGUUGCUUAUUCAGUCAAAGCUGCUUCGCAACCAAAAGGGAAUAGUAAACGCGAGGAAAAAGCCGCUAUUGCACCGAUCUUACUGCCCCUGGUUUCUGAUAGGGAGUCUAAAAGAUCCGAUGACAAGAGCUUGAAAGUUUUGACUGGUGAUACAGGUGAGAGCGGAUAUCAAAGCGAAAACUCUCCACCAGUUGCUUCCAUCAAGCCGAGGUUUGGCCCCACAGCUAGCAUUCCAAGUGGUUCGAAGUUAUCUGAUCUCUCUGAAGUUCCUACAGGUGCGGAAAGUGCUCGCUCUUCAGUGUCUUCUAAACCUCUUUCUCCUCCUCCGUCCGCUCCCUUGAAUACUGCUGGUCAUUUCGAAGUUUCCAAAAUGGAUGUGCUCAGCGAAGAAAUUUGGCACUAUCAUAACUCAGUUACGCAAACAGAUGCUAUGUUAAAUCAGAAACUCCAUUUGAGGGACUUAUUGUAUUAUUCCAUUUGCCCUGUAUUUCCAAUGUGUGGAUUGUAUGUAGUUGGGUCUUCGUUGAACGGGUUCGGCAACAAUUCAUCUGAUAUGGAUCUCUGUCUAAUGAUCACAAAUAAAGAUCUUGAUCAGAAAACUGAUGCUGUAGUGGUUCUUAAUAUGAUUCUCAACGCUUUGUCUCAGUUGGAGUGGGUUGCUUCACAGAAGCUGAUUUUGGCUAAGGUCCCUAUUUUGCGAAUCAAGUUUAGCGCUCCCUUCUCCGACAUCACGGUGGAUUUGAACGCCAACAACUCUGUCGCUAUCAAAAACACCCACCUUUUAUGCUAUUACUCUUCAUUUGAUUGGAGAGUUCGCCCUCUUGUUUCUGUAGUGAAGGAGUGGGCUAAACGCAAAGGCAUCAAUGAUGCGAAUCGAAGCUCGUUUACCAGUUAUUCACUGGUCCUCAUGGUCAUUCAUUACUUGCAAUGCGGUGCUGAUCCCCCUGUUCUGCCAUCUUUACAGCAAAUGUACCCAAAAAUGUUUUCUCCGAAGUGUGAUGUACGAACCUUGAAUGUUACUCAAGCUUUGCCUGCCCCGACAGACGAUUGGGAAUACAGUGACAAAUGCACUUUAGGAGAAUUAUUAAUAGGGUUUUUGGAUUAUUAUGCUAACAAGUUCAACUAUGACCGAGACGCCAUCUCAGUUCGACAAGGAAAAAGAGUAGAUAGAGCCUCAUUAGCUAGGCAUAAACCUGCCGGUAUGUCCAAUGUAGGAUCGUGGAGAUCUCAAUGGCGAUGUAUUUGCAUAGAGGAACCCUUCACAUUAUCUAACACAGCUCAUUCUAUAUAUGAUGAAAUGGUGUUUGGAGCAAUUAAAAACGCUUUCCGAGAAGCUCAUGUUGAACUUGAACAAAGCAGGGAUUUGCAAAAAUUAUUGAAUUGCAAAUCGAUUACAGUAAAUGCUCCGAUGGGAGGAGCUGUUGUCUAUUCGACGUCCUACGAUGGAACAAGAACUAUUCUAUCGGAAGCUUCGCCUUCCCCUCCCACUUCUCAGCCAAAUAUGAGCUUAAUGCCCAGCGGCUCUGCAAAUAGCUUAAACACAGCACAAUCAGGUAGUUCAGCAAGUAGUAGUAAUGGGGAUGAACCUGACGAACAUCCGAGUAAUGAAAGGCUACCAUCUCUGAAUGCGGGAAUAAUAAUUCGUCGUCCUGCUGGAAAUCGUCACUCUGGGCGGCGGAGGCAUACUCGAAAAUCUGCUGAAGUCUCAACGACACAAAUGGCGGCUUGUCGUACUUAG